UCAAGAGCGAAUUCCAACGAUCCGACCAUGAAGUUUGACCAUGUGACCGUCUUCACUUGUCUUGCUAUUUCUGCAAACGCUGGACCCCAGUACCCUGCACUCUUUGACCAGAGUGGGAGCCCGCAACAUCAGAUCAGCGCCCCUUUACCUCCGCCGCCCGAGCCGAUAACAAUAACCGAGCUUCCCUUACCUCCUGUUACAGAAGAUGAGACGCCCGGUGGAUGUACGGCGGAAAUCAAUCCACACAGAACCGGCUGUAUCGGACAGACGCCAGUUUUGCAAUCGGGCGGUUUUCUUCCAGACGGCAAACAUGUCAUUGCCACACUCAAUUUUACAGGCGCACCAACGACUGGCGACCCUUCUAGUAUCUAUGCGGGCCAGCAAGUUAUUAUCGUCAAGACGGAUGGAACUAAAUUCCAAAAUGGCGAUGCAUGGAAAUGUCUUACGUGUGCGGUUCCGACAUCGACCACGAUGAACUACCUUUACCCACAGGCCUUCGCGGAUGGAAAAAGAAUUCUAGCCGGUACCAAUAUUAUUGAAUGCCUGUUCAGGUUUUCUACCGGAAUGUGCUCCAUGGACAAAGUUCGCAUUUAUCCCAUUCGCUGGAAUACGGCCUCAGAUGGAUCUGGACGCGGUGGAAAUAUGCGAGAACUCCGGUUACAUCCCGACAACGUGCACAUUGGCUUCAGUGCGGCCACAGUCACAGCCGGAAAGUUCGACCAGUACGCAUACAUCGGUCGACUAUCAUUCAAUGCCCACCCCGAAUCAGGCGAACCGCUCACCCCGCGCUACGAUUUGCGCAACGUCCAGCUGUUAUUCGAUCCCACAAGCCCACAACCGAUUAGUGUUCACGCUCAACAUGCCGACCAGCUAGUUAUAAACCGCGACGCAAUUUCAAUCGGUGAACUUCGAGGGUUUAGCGGAAGUGGCCAGGAGGUCACGUAUAUCGGGUUUCCUGCUGAAUCAUCAAACAUUGACGUCUUCGCGGCCAACUUGGCAACCGGCAGCGUUCGUCGACUGACCAGCCAUCCGGAAUACGUCGACCCCAUCGACAUCUCUCCAGAUGACAAAUGGAUGGUGGUAUUGGAUACCAGAGGGACAGAUCGGCAAAUGUUUAUGGCUGGUCUGCGGGGUGUCCCGCCCCUCACAGAUCUGGUGUCGACCAGCACGGUGGCUUCAACUCGCAACAACGGAUAUCGCCGGUUUUUCCAGCCUUGGUUAAUUGAUGGCCUUGGUGACCGAGGCUCAUAUUUCGGUCAACAAAUAAAUGCGCAGGGCAAUCGCACACCUGGAAAUGGGGGUGUGGGCGAUCCUGAAUGGAACGCCAUGGCUGACCCAAAGUGGUCCCCAGACGGAACUCACAUUGUUUAUCAUCAAUCACAAACAGUCUCUCCUGCCUGCGGUGGCCUGAAUCCGCUUCCAUGCUACCCUUCCACUGCUGAAGGAGGCCGGAGGCAGCGCAUGAUGCUUGCUUACCUUAGCAGUCGCAGACCACUCAAGCCGGUCCCGAUCAAACCGGUCUCGGACAACAUCCCAUGGGCAACUCCCUACAUCCCUGGAAGUAAGAGUGUCUCACGGCCAUUUCUAGCUCCGGGAAGCUAUAGGCUCCAGGGUAGAGUCUCUGGAUGGGCCAAUGUCAACAUCACUGCCAAUGAUAAAGGAACUGCUCUACAGACCGUCAGCGUAUCCUACAAUGACUUCUCAGACGAUGGGUUAAACUUCUUAACUGGGACUGAGAAGGUAUCUACCAAGAAUCCAUCAGUGACGCUGAACGUCGUCAACUGGUAUUCCAACCUCGAGCAGACAGGACCAAACAAUGGUACCAAGAAAACAAGCCCAGAUGGCUUCCGUCUGAUGAUCGAUAUAAUGGCGAAUAUCUUCCAAGCCAACGGGACAUUGAAAACCACGAUUAAUGAAAAGGAAUAUCAUCAACCACUCAAUGAAGCUUAAUUUUCUGCAUCUGGACUUUUUAUAUAGCACCCCUGAGGAUAGGAGGUAGUGGAAACCAUGUGCCCAUUUCUUACGUAGCUACUUUGAACAUAUUAUCCAGGAGACUAGUUAGUCCACAGGCAAUUGAGCGGAAUACGCUUGCUGAACUAAUAAGGCGAUGCUGUGCCAUUCCAUCUGCCAUGCAUCUUCAAAUUUAUGGAAUAAAAAUAGCCUUUGAAUAAAAUCUUCAAC